CUGUCUGGACGGAGAGCGAUGGCCGCCGCCUCACGGUCACCCGCGGGCUAGAGAGUCCCGCCGAGAGGGCUGGAGCCGCCAGGAACUAAGCGAUGUCUCAAAAGCAAGCUUUGCUGGAUGUUCACCAGGCCCUUCAGAAAUCCUUUCAAGUCGUACAGCAGCAGGAGAGAGUGUGGGCCGACACGCUGGCAGUAUGCACUCCCCUCCUGAGUUCCCUGAGUAACCUCGCCGAGCAACUACAGGCGUGCAAAAGCCUUACGUUUAGCAACACUGCCUUCAGAGACUUUCCUGAUCUCGAGUCGCGUCUCAAAUAUAAACUCAACCGGGCUACGGGAACCGUUUUGGAAAAGCUCGGUGAACAAAUGAAUAUUUUACGAAAAGUGCGGGACACUACGAGCAAUCAGGUGGCUGCGUGCUUUCAGACGUACGAACAACACGCAGACUCGAUUGGCUUGACGUUGGCUGUGGAGCGCUCCGCGCUCAGCCCUUCGGUAGCAGAUAUGUUGGAAUGGCUACAAGAUAUCGAGAGGCUUUACAGAAACCAAUACUUAUCAAGGCGACUCCUACUUCAGAGCAUCAGUGCUGAGAACCUGACGGACAUUCACGCUCUCUCACAGUCCUGGGGGAGAGUCUCAGAACAAGGAGAUCCUGAUGUGGUUCCAGAUAUUCUGCUAAAGGCAUCUUUCUUCAUGGAAACCCGCCAAGAUUCCAAGUACUGCAAAGACUAUGAAUCUGAACUGUAGACAUUUCACCGUUUGUCUGGAGCAGGAUUGUUUCUAAACAUCUGAUGUAGAUACAAGAUCUUGCCCCAGAACACCUUUUUUUCAAAAGGAAAUUUGCAUUUGAUCUAGCACUUUAUGCAUUGGGAGGGAAACUCGAAGCUCACCCCACCCCAGCACUGCACUGAAAUGUCAGCCUAGACUACGUGAAG